AUGCCGCUCCUCGGCAGCAUUAUGACCAUCGACGCCAGUAGUUCGAGCACGGCGUCCACCAGCGUCUUCGAGGAGAACAUGACGUGGUCUCGACCAACAGGUGGCACUACGUCUUCCGUAAACGAGGCCCACUCGAGUACCGCGAUCCCGAGCGACGAGCAACAUCCCGGAGGACCCAGCGAGCCGAGCCGUCGGCCUGACGAGCAACGAUCCGAGAGGACGGACUGUGCGUGCGCCAGGCCCGACCUAGGUGCUCGAUUCGUUGCCGAGGACAGCGCGUCGGGGCUGCCUUUCCUCGUCGGUGACGAGAACGACGAGCUGGACGUCGCAGGGAGCGGCGAGGGGAGCACCGUCGGUCUGAACAGCACCGCCGGCGUCAGCACCGACAAGGACGACGCCGCAGGACUGAGGGAGCUAGAGCUGCUGUUCGGUUUGGGCGGGAUCAUGGAGGACGUCGGACCGUACAACGACUCCUUCAACGAGAGUCUGGUGUACUCGUGGAACAGCAGUCUGAACAACGACACCUACAUCGUCUACGGCGGUAGCCUGUACCCCUCGGGCUACACGAUGCCGCAGAUCGUCCUCGCGUCCAUCCUUGCUACGUUGUUGAUGAUCGUGAUCGUCGUGGGUAACAUGCUGGUGAUCAUCGCGAUCGCCACCGAGAAAGCGUUGAAGAACAUUCAGAAUUGGUUCAUAGCCAGCCUGGCGGUGGCCGAUUUUUUUCUGGGCCUGGUGAUCAUGCCGUUCUCGUUGGCCAACGAGAUCAUGGGAUACUGGAUCUUCGGCUAUUGGUGGUGCGACAUAUACUCGGCCAUGGACGUGUUACUGUGCACCGCUAGCAUCAUGAACCUCUGUCUGAUCAGCCUCGACAGAUACUGGAGCAUCACGCAGGCGGUAGAGUAUCUGAAGAAGAGGACUCCGGCCAGGGCAGCUCUGAUGAUCGCUCUGGUGUGGCUGCUGUCGGCUCUGGUCUGCAUCCCGCCGUUGUUGGGCUGGAAGCGACCCACGCCGGAGGAAGAGUACCCCAAGUGCAAGCUUUCAGAGGACAUCGGCUACGUCCUUUAUUCAGCUCUUGGUAGCUUCUACAUCCCGUCGUGCAUCAUGGUGUUCGUGUACAUACGUAUAUACUUCGCGGCGAAGGCGAGAGCGCGACGCGGCAUCCGGAAGCAGCCGCGACGCCGAACGGCGGCGCCGCCGGAGUCGCCGGACGUCAGGCAGACCAGCUUCACACAGAGCACGCCGGCCACGGAGACUAAGAAACCACCGGGAUCCGUGAUGGAGAACGUCGCCACCAUCGAGAACCAGCCGGUCCAAAUACCCAUCGUCACGUGCGACUUCGCCAGCGACGUCAGCACGUCCGAGGCUGAUCCUGGCGGAGGGAACAGCAUACCCUUGGAGGAGAAGGACACGCUCAAGGUGGCGAUUCCCGCGCCGAUGCAGAAGAGCAGCCUGAAGGCGACGCUGUCGGUGAACGGCGACGGGCAAUCGAGCGUGCCGUCGCGGUGCAGGGCGCCCAGUGUCGGCAUCGACGUGGACAUGGUCUCCGAGUUCGACCCGUCGUCGUCGGACAGCGGCGCAGUGUCCAGGUGCGCGGUCGUGAAACCGUUGAAGCUUCGUCUGUGUCAACCGAUCUUCGGUCGCAGGAACCUGGGCAAACUGAGAAGGGAGCACGGCGACGUGGGGCGUCCGUCGGCGAAGGACGGCGCCAGCGCCGAGGCGAAAUCCUCGAAACCCCGGGACCCAGAGAGAGAGAAGAGGAGACUGGCCAGGAAGAAGGAGAAACGAGCCACGCUGAUCCUGGGCUUCAUAAUGGGCAGCUUCAUCGCCUGCUGGCUGCCGUUCUUCGUCCUCUACAUCGUGAAGCCUCUGUUCAACGAAGUCCACAUACCCACGAUGGCGUUCGUCAUAUCCUUCUGGCUCGGCUACAUAAACUCGGCCCUGAACCCCUUCAUCUACACCGUAUUCAACAAGGACUUCCGACGCGCGUUCCGCAGGAUACUGUUUAAGUGA